AGUGCCACUGCCAGUCUGCUCAGCAGUCAGAAGAUCAGGAAGCCGCCCACUGUCACUCCGAACAGAUUCAACAAAUUCUUCAAGCCGAGGAAAGCUGUCAGCACCCGAGGCGGACGCUUAAGCAAGGCAGGAAGGCAGCUUCGAGACAUUACCAAGAAUGGGGCAAACCGGAGAGCUGCAGGUAUCUCUGGAGCAGAUUUCCUGCCGACGCCGCAGGAUGACUUCACCUCGCCUCGGCCCCUAAAGCGCAGAAAGCAUUCUGGACUGGACUUGCAGAGUUCACCGCCGCAGUCAUCGCCAUUGAGGCACCACCAGACGCUGGAGCCGAUCGAGCUACCAGAAUUUGAUUCGGAAGCCGAGACUCUUCCAGAGCUUUUUGAAGAGCUGAAACCAUUCCCGCGUGCUAAUCGGCGUCUGCGCGAGCCAGGCCCAGCUCGACGCAUCCUGGAGCGCAGUUUCGGGGGCUUUCAUGCAACCUCUCGAGGCUUCCGAGGAGCGGACCAUGUAGUGGAUUGGAGAGCAGAGACCGCGGACAUCUGCACUUCUCCUUCAGACACUCACAUGUUUUCUGGUGCUGCUCUACCCUUCUGUACAACUGCGUGCAACACGAACCCGCUUGUGGCCAUCGGUGACGAGGAAGGCAGCAUCCACUUGAUCGAUUCCUCGCCGGCCGCAGAUUUUCGAAUGGCUCAUGUCAAGUUCCGUGUACACCGUAAUGCGGUCAUGGAUAUUGCAUUCUGCUCAGAUGACUAUAUAUUGGCAACCGCGAGCGGAGACCAGACUGCGAGAGUGGUGGACAUGUAUAGCCAACAGACUAUGUGUAUUCUGACUGGCCAUAAAAGCAGCGUGAAGCAAGUGCGCUUUGCGCCGAACGACAACAACAUCAUCACUACCAGCGCCAGAGACGGGUGUGUGAACAUCUGGGAUCUCCGAUGUGGUGGAAAGUCUGCUCCAGAAGCGAGAUACGGCAAGUCUCUCGAGGUGGGCUAUGGACAUCGUUCGGCGAAUCGCUCGUAUGAGACGGACAACGGGGAUGAACUGUCUAUCACCUCAUUCCAACACCUGCUCAAUGGACGCGAGCACAUGAUUGUGACUUCGAGCGAAGUUGAUGCCUCAGUCAAGCUUUGGGACCUUCGAAACGCAGGCCGACGCAGUCCGAUGCCUCUGGCGAGUACACCGGUUCCUGAAUCACACAGCAGCAGACGAAACUUUGGCGUCAACGCCAUGGCGUUGUCUGGCGACGGCGGCCGUCUGUACACGAUUUGCCGCGACGCUACCAUUUAUGCCUACUCGACCAACCAACUUGUGCUCGGCUACGCGCCAGAAAUGUCGUCUGGUCCAAGCAGAAGGCGUUUGCUCAAGGAACAAAUGCCUGGCUUGGGGCCACUUUACGGCUACCAAAAUGCAGAUCUGGGGCUAGCGUCGUUCUACAUCAAAGCGUCUCUACGACCAGCAAAGGGCGACAAAAGCGAGAUGCUGGCAGUGGGCAGUACGAACGGCAACCCGAUCCUGUUCCCUACCGAUGAACGCCACGUCCCCCGAAGGGAACGCGCGAUAAUCGAUGACGAGAAUGACGAGGAUGAAUCUGAUCUGCCCUCCGCACCACCGAAAUCGUCACAACGUUCUGCGACCUCCGCUCGCUCGAAGUCAUCGUCCAAUUUGCAUGUUUUCGAGCACGGCACGGCUCUAGUGAGAGCUCAUGAUAAAGAAGUCACCUCGUUGGCCUGGUCAACCGAUGGCGAUCUUGUCUCGGUCAGUGACGACUGCACAGCGAGGUGUUGGCGAGAAGACGGCAGACGUGCUCGCACAUUGCGGACUGGCGGCGAGGCCGAUGGAGGCCGAUGGCAAUCUGGCUGGGCAGAUGUUUCGCCUGAUUGGGAUGAGGAUGAC